AUGAGUGGAAUACAUUUAACGAACAUCUUAUUUGAGGUUGGGGAGUAUAUUUCCGAGAAUGGAGAGAAAGCUCGAUGGAUUCCAAGAGAGGAAAAUUGCAGCUACAGUUUACUCUUCAAGACAUGUAUGGAAAGGAUAUCUCACUCUGUGGAUCGAAUAUGCGGGAAGAUUUCAAUUGAUGCGUCUAGGAGUAAGCUUAAAUUGAGUUACAUCUCAAUGAUCUUUAAACCUAGAAGACGAGUAUAUGUCGUUGAUGAUGAGGAUGUUCAAGCUUACCUAAACUCGACGGAUAAUGAGCAAUGUAGAAGCGUCUUGAAUGUGGAGAAAGAACGAGUAGACGAAAACGCAGAGAAAGAACGAGCAGACGAAAACGCAGAGAUAGAAGCAGAAGAAGAUAGUGAGCCGAGAGUAAAUGUUGACGUUGAUGAUGAUGGUGAAAAUGGUAUGAAUAAUGGCAUGCAUAGCUCUUCUUUUGAUGAUCAUUUUGAGGUUCCUCGUGCUAUCCUAGGAUGUGAUUAUGUUGAUGAAUGGGAUGAUGGAAUGGGUUUGGAAAUAGGUCAGGAAUUUCCGAAUAAGAAGGCAGUGCAAGACUUAGUUGCUACAGCUUGUCAUCGAAACUGUUUUGCGAUUAAGUUAGUCAAAUCAGAUAGACAGCGUUAUGUUGUAAGAUGCAGUCAAUGGAAUGAAGGUUGUGGCUGGUACUUAAGAACAACAAAGGUUCGGCUUUCACCCUGUUUCUCGGUGAGGGUUUACACGGGUAAACACCGAUGCUCUCGUGCGAAUGCAAGUACAAGCAUGCAAAAAACCAGAGGCACACCACAUCUAGUUGCUUCUGUUCUGAACGAAGAUUAUGCAGGUAUUUAUGAUACACCAGCUCCAAAGAACAUCAUGGACAUUGUUCAAGCAAGAUUGGGUGUGAAAGUGUCGUACUCGACCGCCUUGAGAGGGAAGCAUAAAGCUGUUAAUGAUGUGAGAGGUAACCCUGUAGAAUAUUUUCAGCUCAUUCAUUCGUAUUUUUACAUGUUGGAGAGUGUAAACCCUGGUACUGUCACAAAGGUGAAGCUUGAUGCAAAUCAGAAGUUCCUAAAUCGUUUCGCUGCCUUAGGAGCUAGCAUAGAAGGUUUUCAGGCUAUGAGGAAGGUCAUCAUUGUCGAUGCAACAUCUCUGAAGACAUCAUAUCCAGGGAUGCUCGUUUUUGCCACAGCGCAAGAUCCUAAUCAUCACCAUUAUCCACUUGCGUUUGGCAUUAUUGAUAGCGAGAAUCAUUCAAGUUGGGGAUGGUUUUUUGAACAGCUGAAGACGGUUAUUGCUGAUAGUCAUGAAUUGGUUUUUGUUUCUAACAGACACCAAAGCAUCAUCAAGUCAGUGAGAGAAGUGUACCCAUUUGCUGAACAUGGAUAUUGUAUUUAUCAUUUGUCCCAAAAUGUUAAGGGAACAGUUGGCUCCAGCAAGGACGAAUGCGCUGCAUAUUUUAUAAGAUGUGCAGAGAAAUAUACAUACCCUGAGUUUUGGGAAUGUUAUAUGGACUUCCGGAGUCGGUAUCCGAGUGCAGCAGUGUACCUCGAUAACCAGGUGGCGACUGAUAAAUGGGCGCGAUGCUUAUUCAAGGGAGUAAGGUAUGAUGUCGAUACAAGCAAUGUGGUGGAAUCAAUGAAUAGUGUGUUCAGGAAAGCUAGGAACAAAGAAAUUAGUCCGCUUGUGGAGAACAUAAUGCAUGGCCGAUGUAAAGUUGCAUCAAAGUUAAUUGUUUCUGAGGUGAAUUCCUAUUUGCUUGAGUACUCUGUGAUUGAAGAAAGAGUGCAUUACGGAGUUAGUUUGCUAAAGAAAAGUUGCAUAUGCAAUCAGUUUGACAUCGACAAAUAUCCUUGUGUUCAUGCAAUAGCGGCUGUUAUAGCCUUGAUGAGGAGUGACGAUAGAAACGCCGAUGUCAAUUUCCAUGAUCUAGUGUCGAAGUAUUACUUGAUGGAGACGUGGGUGCUAGCUUAUUAG